UAUGUAUUAGUUGAAGACAAAGCAUUUAUUUGAUACAGAAGCUCAAAUCACAAGAUCAAUAGAAGAGGAAAAUUAAUGGAGACUGGCCCUCCGAGAUUAGACUUUAAACUCUCUUGCCAUGAUGAUGAGACAGUGGGCGACGAGCUUGAACAAAUACUAACAGAUACUGAAGCACCAUAUUUUAAGAGAAUCCGUUCAGCUUCCUGGGUUGAACUGAAAUUGCUUCUCCACCUUGCAGCUCCAGCUGUGAUAGAUUACUUGCUCAAUAAUGUUGUUUCCAUGUCUACUCAGAUCUUUUGUGGUCACCUUGGAAAUCUUGAGCUUGCUGCUGUCUCUCUUGGUAACAAUGGUAUCCAAGUUUUCGCCUAUGGCCUUAUGCUUGGUAUGGGAAGUGCAGUAGAAACUCUGUGUGGCCAAGCAUAUGGAGCAAAUAGACAUGAAAUGCUAGGCAUAUACCUCCAAAGAUCAGCUGUUCUCCUCAUGGCAACAGGGAUCCCCUUAAUGAUGAUCUAUAUAUUUUCCAAACCUAUCCUGAUCUUACUUGGGGAGCCAGUCAAUAUAGCAUCAGCAGCUGCGGUUUUUGUCUUUGGACUCAUCCCUCAAAUUUUCGCUUAUGCUGCCAACUUCCCUAUUCAAAAAUUCUUGCAAGCACAAAGCAUAAUCGCACCUAGUGCGUACAUAUCACUAGGUGCACUUGUGGUGCAUGUUUUGCUCACCUGGCUUGCAGUCUUCAAAUGGAACUGGGGCUUACUAGGAGCAGGUCUUGUGUUGAGUUUAUCUUGGUGGAUCAUUGUGGUGGCUCAGUUUGUGUACAUCCUCAUGAGCAAGAAGUGUAGAAACACAUGGAAAGGAUUUAGCGUGGAGGCCUUUAGUGGGCUUUGGAGCUUCUUCAAACUGUCUGCUGCAUCAGCAGUAAUGUUAUGUUUAGAGACUUGGUACUUCCAGAUUUUAGUCCUGAUUGCUGGAUUGCUUGAAAAUGCUGAGGUUGCAUUAGACUCACUCUCAGUUUGCAUGACAAUAAAUGUAUGGGUUUUCAUGAUUUCAGUGGGAUUCAAUGCUGCUGCAAGUGUGAGAGUGAGCAAUGAGCUAGGAGCAGGACAUCCAAAAUCAGCAUCAUUUUCAGUCCUUGUAGUGACUUCAUGCUCAUUUAUAAUUUCAGUAAUCGCAGCCAUUAUUGUGCUGAUAUUUCGAGACUCCAUUAGCUAUAUCUUCACUGGAGGUGAAGUUGUUGCUAAAGCUGCCUCUGAUCUCUCUCCAUUCCUUGCUGUUACAAUCAUACUAAAUGGUGUUCAGCCUGUUCUAUCUGGGGUGGCUGUUGGAUGUGGAUGGCAAGCAUUUGUUGCAUAUGUUAACGUAGGAUGCUACUACCUUAUUGGUGUUCCACUAGGGGUGCUUCUUGGUUUUACAUUUGACCUUGGUGCCAAGGGUAUAUGGUCAGGCAUGUUGGGGGGCACAGUUUUGCAAACUUUGAUUUUGCUGUGGGUCACUUGGAGAACAGACUGGAAUAAAGAGGUGGAGGUUGCGAAAAACCGGCUGAGUUCAUGGGAUGACCGAAGGCAGCCUCUUCUACAGAAUUGAAUGGAUUUUGGGAAGCCUGGGCUUGUGAUUUUUAGACUUUGGACACAUUAACGCAUGAAUAGUCUUUUGCCUCAAUUAUAUGUUAAUGAGUUUCAAGCUAUUUUAAGCACUCUUGGACCCGAUCGGUGUCACUCUUAUUUUUUCUUU